GGCCAGGCAGACAAGGCCGGACAGUGCGCCCUGCGGACACUGCGCAAAUGGGGCUCGCCAUGGACCGCAGCCCAUACUCCCGCACCGGAGGCAGGGAGCGCGGCUGCUGGUACUACCUGCGUUAUUUCUUCCUUUUCGUGUCGCUCAUCCAGUUCCUCAUCAUCCUGGGCCUGGUCCUCUUCAUGAUCUAUGGCAAUGUGCACGCCACCACCGAGUCCAGUCUUCGGGCCACAGAGAUCCGCGCCGACAACCUAUACAGCCAGGUGGUGGGACUAUCGGCCACAAAGGCUAACCUGAGCAAACAGCUGAACAUCAGCAUGCUCGUCAAGGAAACGGUCAUGCAGCAGCUGCUGACCACACGGCGCGAGGUGGACCGCAUCAACGCCAGCUUCCGCCAGUGCCAAGGCGACCUGAUCGCCUACAUAAACUAUAAUCGGUUCAUCGCCGCUAUCAUCCUGAGCGAGAAGCAGUGCCAGGAACAGCUGAAGGAGCUCAACAAGAGCUGCGAAGCCUUGCUCUUCAAGCUGGGAGAGAAGGUUAAGACACUGGAGAUGGAGGUGGCCAAGGAGAAGGCAGUGUGCUCCAAGGACAAAGAGAGCCUCUUGGUAGGAAAACGGCAGGCGGAAGAGCAGCUGGAGGCCUGUGGCAAAGCGCGCGGACUGCAACAGCAGGAGCAGCAGGUGACCCUGGAGCACCUGCGCAAGGUGGAGUCCCUGUGCAUCCCACUGGACCAGGAGAAGUUCCAGGCGGAAGUGAUGAAGGUGUGGCGGGACUCGCUGAUCUACCGUAACCUGGAAAGCAUAGGCUACUACCCGCCGAUGUCGGAGUUCGUGUCCCUCCGCCGGACAUGCGAGAGCCUGCCUGGGGUCAUGAGCACCAAGAUAGAAGAGCUGGCGCGCCAGCUGCGCACGGGCAUCGAGCGCGUGACCCGUGAGAAUGCAGAGCUGCGGCGCCAGAAGUUGGAGCUGGAGCGCGCGGCACAGAGCGCGCAGGAGGCUCAGACCCGCGCGGGGACCGAGGCGCAGGCGCGAGAGACCCAGCUGCGGGCGGAGUGCGCGCGACAGACGCAGCUGGCUCUGGAGGAGAAGGCGGCGCUGCGCGCGCAGCGGGACGGCCUGGCCCGCGAGCUGGAGGCGCGUAAACGCGAGGUGGAGCAGCUGCGCACCGAGGUGGACGUGCGCAUUAGCGCGCUGGACACCUGCGUCAAGGCCAAGUCGCUGCCAGCCACCCCGCCGAGAGUCCCAGGCCCACCCCCCAACCCUCCACCCAUUGAUCCCGCUAGCCUGGAGGAAUUCAAGAAAAAGAUCCUGGAGUCCCAGCGGCCACCUGUAGUCAACCCUGCUGUCCCACCCAGUGGCUGAGGACCCAGCUGCUGCAGGACGCUGGGUGCCAGAACCGCCCACCUGUGGAUGGGGGCAGCCAGAUGCCCACAGUGCUGGACACCCGCUGUGCCCCACCAGCAGCCUCCACCCCCACACCUCCUCUGGCACCCCUUCACUGUCCCCCACCAUCCCCCAGACACUGGAUUUAAGGCACACACAGCUGUGAGGUGACCUCUUCUGCAGCGACCUGGAUGGCACCCCACCUGCACAUAAAGCACUUACAGCCCAGCUGCCACCCUAGGCACUCCUCUGGUUUCCUAUCACUCUGCUCCUGACCCGGGAGGUGAGAACAGGAAGCCCAGCCUUCAGCUCUCUUGGGAGUUUCCAGCUUCCCUCUUAAAGGCCCCUAGGGUUUCUAGGUCUUCCUUGAGAGUUCCCAGGCCUCCCCUGAAGGGAUCUAGCUCCCACUCCCCCAGGAUUUUCAUUAGGUUUUAAAGCCUUUUCCAGAGUCUGCAGGUCCCCCUCCUCCUCACAGGAAGGGCCUCAGCUGUACCAGAGCAUCCCCUGUGGAUCUCAGACCCCUGAGGGAAUGCCUCCCACCCUCAGUCUUGCUUGUAGCCCUUAAAGAUAUUACUGGCACAUAAUAAACAUCAUGAAAGUCCUUUGAAGACUGGCUU